AUGUGGUCCCUGUCCAUAGUAUUUAUCUUCACAGUAUAUGGAACCCAUGGUUGUGUGAUAACCAGUCCAGACCAGAAGGCUAAUGCUGGGACAGAUGUCCAUUUGUCGUGUAAUUUCUGGCAAUGUCCUGGACCUCUGGACGUCAUGUCUCUUAGUGUAGAGUGGGAAUUCAAGGAUAUUUCCUCUGAGCCAAAAAUAAUCCUCUACUACAUCAGAAAUCGAACUGUACCACUUCCUGGUGUGUUUUUUCAGGGAGAUGUCGAAUUAGGGAGUUUUGAUAUACAUCUCCCAUCUGUGACCCAUGAGAACAAUGGAACUUAUUUAUGUAGAUUACGUCUCAAUGGCAAUUUUCACAAGAACCAAACGCACCUUAUUGUGCAAUCAGCACUGACCAGGAGAAACAGCCCAAGUGCAAAUCAUCUGCAGAAACAUCCUCCCUGGCGGCUGCCCCUGGCAUCAGUGGCUGGGUUUGUGUUACUAAUUGGUACAGUGUUUUUGGGGAGGAAAGCGUACAGAUCAACCCAGAGAGAAAACAACUCAAAGCAAAAUAUGGAAGAGGUUAAAACCGGCACUGACACUGAAGACAAGGGAAUGACAUACAUGGUGGGAUUCAGCAUGCCUGACCUUGCAGACGUGAACAGUCCUCCCAGCAGUCCAGAUAACAUCUAUGUUACCAUGCAUAGUUUCCCAUUCGCACCAGACGCUCCUGUCACAGCUGGACGCGACAGAUGUCUUCCCUCUGAUUGGCAGCCGAAGGAUGAGGAACCCGUAUAUGUCCGCUGCCACCAAGAUUUAUCAAUCAGAUCAUGCCGCUUAAAAGAUGAGACACAGAAUAACUGAUCAUUUAAAUUGGUGAGAGUAAUUGUCAGAUAUGCAUUUUAUAGUCCCCAAACAGACUGUUUUGUGAACUCUUUUUCAAUACUCACCAGCUUACUGUACAUUAUCCCUCAUAAUAAAUCUGUGUCGUUUCCUCAUGCACCUCUUUCAUCAUCUACCAGAUGUCAACAGUGGUCAAUAUAGUUACUACACUUCAU